UAAUACUAUUUUUAACAACGUUAGAAUCUAAUGCCAAUUUUAUACAUCUUUGCUGGAAGAUUCUAACGAGUAAACCGUUAACGGUACUUAAAUAUUGUUUGCCACCAAAUUAAGUUCGUUCUACACAGUCUUAAGAUAUUGAUGUUGUCUACGACAAGCACUACGUGCACUUUAUCUUUUAUAUAAAAACCUGCAAACCUUCUACGAGGUAAUCUUUUGGUUUUUAAUAAAAAGGAGAUCUACGUCUCACAAAACUUGAAAACUUUAUUUUGUUUUUUUUUCAUACAAAAUCUUGGACAAAUUGGAUUGAUGCCAAACAACUACACAAGCGGCAAUGUUUGUGUAGUGUGUGUGCGAAUGAAAAAAGUAUGUUUGAUAAGCCGCUUGUGUAGUCUAUUCGGGCCUUAAAUCAUAAUAUGUUUUCAAUAAAUAAUGCUACUACUAACUGUUAAUUUCAAAUUUUGAAGAAAAUCUAAAGAAAUCACGGUUUGAAAAUGUUCCACAAACGAAGGCUUUAUGCGAUUUGGGAUCAUUUUUAGGGAGUAAAUUGAAUGAGAACAUUUUUUGGUCCUUUUUUUGUUUUUUUAUAUGGUACUUUUGGAUUUUCUAUAAUAAUGCACAUACAAAAUAAACAUAACAUUUAAAGUGUAAGAUCCUAUAAGAACGUCUCAUAGAACGAUUAUGAAUAGGAGUUGGUACUUUUUCCAAACGGACCUUUUUAUCUUUAAGUAUUUAAUUACAGUAGUACAAAUUUUAAAUAAUUUUUGCCUGGGAUAUUUUUAAAUUUACCAAAAUCACAUUGCUAUUAAAAUUACUUCAAAUAUUUUGAAUUUAUUAAAUUGAUUUAUUUCUAUAAAUUCCAAUAUUUUAAAAAAUUCUAUUCCGAAAAAUUUUUGAAAAUGUUUAACACAAAAGUUCCUGGCGGUUUAGGAUUUAUUUUUGACAUUGCAAUUGUACACAUUAAUUUAACGAAUAUAAGCACUGAAGAAAUCUCUAAAUUAAGAGUCGAUGUAAAAUUUAUUAAAGAUAAUCUAAAAGUAACAUCAAGUCGUAUUAAUGUAGCGGAAUUUAAAGCAGAACGUGGUUUCGAAUUUAAUGAAAAGCCCUCAGUUUUAAAAGAGCAACUUUUUAAACAGCCUUUAGAAUGUGAAGUGUUCUAUGAGGGACAGUCUGUGGGAACAUGUAGUUUUCCAUGGCCUGAUAGUUUUAUAAAUUGUAUUGCUGGAGAUUGUGGUCGAGAAUUGACGCAUUGUGAUGAGGCCGAUAUUAAGAAAAAUAAUGAAAAAGUUGGGCAAAUGGAAAUUCUAGUGCGACUUCAAAUAAAGUGUAAUGAGUUUGACCUAAAACAAACACAGGAACCUAAAAAACUUAAUUUAUGCAAACAAGCUGAUAAUGUUAUAAACGUAAAUGAUAUACUUUUUAUGGUGGGUAAUGACAGAGAUGCUUCAAUUGCUUGCACUGAUGUAGAUGUAAUACCAGCCUCUGAAAGUGGAUCAUCUGCUAAUGCUACUUGUUUAGAUUUAUCUAAUUUUCGUCAUAUAAAUGGUAAAACUUUGCCUAAUACUGAUAUUUUAGAUAAUAUGCAUAUGAUGAACUGCUGCAGAGCAAAGAAAUCUGUUAAUCAAUGUCAAGAAAUUAUUGAUAGUUUACUGGAGAAAACUAAAGAUUCUGAAAGCUGUCCAACUUGUUCGCAAAAUAAAACAAAAGAGCAAAUAAGUAAAUCGCCAUAUAAAUCUUUAGAGUGUAUAUCUGAUAGCAGAUUUGCUUCUGGUAGUAGUUCAGAUACCUACAAUCCUUGUCAAUGUAUAUCGGAUGAAUAUGCUUCCGAGAGCAAAAGUAUGAUAUGCAAAACGAAAGACAUAAAUGAAAAACCAACUAAAAGAUACUGUCCCCUCUGUCAUGAGAAUGUCACCUGGUUGCCGAAAUUUGCCGCUUGUCCCAAAUGUGGUUUUAAGCCCAUACCAUACAACAUUGAAAAGCCUUAUGAUGACAAACUAACAGCCGAUCAAAUUCUUAAGGAAUUUUCCAACAACAAGACAGCUGACCAAACAAUGGAACAACCAAGUGAUGCCUCUUUAAUAGAUGGUGCUGAAAAAUGUCGUUGUACUUGUAAAAAUGGUAAAAUUUGUGCCCAUUGCCGUAUUAAAAAACUUUGUGAAGAUAUUUUCAAAACACCUGAAAAUGCUGAAGAUGACUGCGGUAAAUGUGUAUCUAAAUCUUCGGGUUUGUAUAAUAUCUGUAAAACCAGCAGUCCAGACUGUCGCCCAUAUUUAACAAAAGUUUUUCAAGAGUUAAAAGAUCUUUACCAUAUAAAGAAAACAAAAAAUGAGAAUAUUAUUGGUGAUCAUAGUCAUAAUGUUAAGACACCUAUGGAUAAGACACAAGAAGCCAAACAUAUAAAGAAAAUAGAUGAGCCAUCAAGUAGACCGCCAAGUAAGGAAGCAAAUUUAGAGGCUGAACGUAAAAAGUUUAUGGUAAAAAAUUUCCAAGAAGAUGAGUCGUGCAAAGGUAAAAUUUUCGAUUACAAUAAGCGCCGCCAAUAUCCGGGCACUAAAAUUGGACAUAAAACUUGUUUAAAUGGUUUUGCUGGACGAAAAAAUGUUCCUCAUAAUAUGGGUUGGCUGUGGAAUGCCGAAACUAAUGGUUUACGAAGAGGAUGGCGGCCAGGUGCCAUACGAAAACCUAUUAAAACUUUAAUGCAACAUUUCCUUAACAACAACAAUAUGCAAUUGUGCCUCGAUUUGCAAGAUAAUGAAAAUUGUCAAGAAAACAAAGAAGAAGAGAAGGAUUAUACCAAAGAACCUACACUGCAUAUAUGUAAAAAGAAUGGUGAUUUCUAUAUAACGCUAAGACCCCUUAAAAAUUAUGAAUGCUCAGAAUCUUGUAAUAAUAUGAAACCCAUACAAUUUAAAAUAAGCAAAAAUCCUUUAUUAUUAGAGAAACGCGAACUUAAACAAUAUUUAAAAGACUUGGGUUUUGCCAAAUGUAUUUGUCACAAACCAAUAUCGGGCUGUUGUUGUCGUAGCUUUUUGGAAAGAAAGAAACUGGCAUAUCAGUGUUGUAAGGAGUGUCACAACAGACAAAUACCGAAUUGUACAGAUACUCUAAUAUUGUCAGAUACUACAGAUAGUGAAACUGAAUUUGAUUUUGGUGUUACACCACCGGCUGGUAUCUUGCAACCUAAUAAAUGUUUAAAGAAAAGGAAAAAAGUUAGUUCUGCUACUCAGUAUGAAGAAAAUGAUUGGAAGAUAAAAGAAGAACAUUCAAAACCUUUGGGCAAAUAUUUUAAAUUACACAAUUGCGCGGUGGGGCAACGAUUUGGCAAAGCAUUUGGACCCUAUGGCAGUAAAGGUUAUAGACCUGGAGCUGUUCCCACAGAGGGUAUAUAUGGUCCUUGUGGUUUAAUACCAGAAGGUGGACAGCAUGGCUUCGGUAAAGGCGUUAGAGGUGGAGCUCUUAAAGGGCCAGGAGCCUUUUUAGGACCUGAUGGAAAAUUUAGUAUGGCUUUAUAUUUAGCAGCUAAAGCUGCAAAUAAACCUACUGCAGAGGAGUUGGCUGAGAAAAAAAGACAAAAAAUGGCUCUUUUGAGGGAGCGCUACCACCUUUGCUAUGUAAGGGGAUAGACGUGGCAAACCAAUUGAUAUUUGCGCUCCUUAUAUUCCAAUAACAUGCAGUACAAUGUGUUUAAGUGAUGAUCGUAUAUGUUGAAAUGAAUUCGUUUUAAAAUGCUACUGGAAAUUGUAUAAAAUAACUUUAUUUAAAGUAAUAAAAAUCUUAAUCAUAAU